UGUAAAAAGAAACUUUCACAAGCCUCGAAAGUGAAACAGCAUUUGCUGAAAAUGCACAACUUGCAUUUGCAAUCACGAAGCGAAGGCAAAACACGCGGAAAUACACAGCAAUUCACAUAUGUCUCAGAAGGACACAAAGGCAAAUACACAUCUGUCCUUAUCUAUUAUGCAUGCGUUUCGUGUUUGUCCCAUUACCCUGAUUUGGAUCAGUUAAAAUCGCAUAUCAAUGAUAUCCAU